AUGCAGUUGCCACGGGCAUUCUUGCUCUCUGGCUGCUGCUUUCUGGCGUUGACACUUGUGACGGCGGCACCCGCACAAGAUGAGCCACUCUUCGAGCUUCCGGUGCAGCUGAUCGGGUUUCCGGUAAUUAUAGCGAGCGUAAGAAUCGCCAAUUUCCUAAAGAAGCUCGCUUAUUCCUUAAAUCCAGAUACUUAUGUCAGUCGAGUGAAACGAGCGCAUCCUUUGAUACUUGAGGAAGAGAUUUUAGACGUCGGCCAAGUUGAGAAGAAGCUAAUAGCCCAGCUCGGGAAUAACGUUUGCAUCUACGAGAGGAUUUGUGCCAAAUACGCGGAACGAACCCUUCAAAGAAGAAGUCGGAAGCAUGUUAUUGAUUGGGACGAAGUGUUCAGUGAGUACAAAUCAUCGCCCGAGCCGAUGAAGGAGAAUUACUUGCUGAGCGUCUUUCUAGGCGAUAUUAUUGGCAGCCCGAAACUGUGUCAUUUACUGGCGAAGAGAGGGAGAGCCUGCGAUAAUGCCGAAUUGUCGGAUUAAACUGAAAUUGCGACUCUUUUUCUUAUGGUUAUUUACUUGUAAAUAUUUUGAUGCCAUAGAUCUAAUCAUUCGUGUUUACAAUGUAAAUUAUUAAAUUUGUUAUU